UGUCCACAGGGAUUAUUUUUUACGUUUAUUUAAUAUAGCUAAUUAAACACCAGAUACAGCAGUUGGCUAUGUCAUAUCUUGUGGUCAGUCUGGCCAAUAUGUUUGAAGUGUUCCGUGUAAUGAAAAGUGAUGUACAAAUUUUUAAAUUUAUCGUGAAAGUUGGAAAAUAUUGGGGGCCGUUUCCCAUAGAAGGAAAUUUGUUUGCCAAAAUAUGCUAUUUCGCUAUUUCAUUAGUGAUUUCUCUUUCGGCAGUGAUGAGUACGUUUUCUCAAUUUACAAGGGCUGCAUCCUAUUUAAAUCUUACCGAUAGCUUAAUAUUUUUCUGCAACUUAACGAUACUUUUGAUUCAUCACUUCUAUUGCAGUUAUUACGGAAAAUGGUGUAAGAGAAACAGCUGGAACUACUUUUACCAAAACAUGACGAAUUUGGAUGAAUUUUCAACGGAUAGAAAUAUACCUUUACUUUUACUGAAAAUUAUUUGUAUGUUGGCAAUCGUUUUUUAUCCAAACUGUGCAAUUCUUAGCUUUGGUGGAUUCCAAGAUUAUGAAACCUGCAUGAAUUCACUAGCAACAGCUUUUUGGCUUCUGUCAAUUUCACAGUUUUCCUAUCUCGUUGUAGUUUGGUGUGAAACUUGCAACAUACUUUCUUCUAGAUAUAAAUAUAUCAACAAUACUGUCAAAAAAAUCCAUAGUGGAGAUAUAUGUGUGCGGCAAAAAAGUAUGAAGGAAAUUAUAAAUGUAGUGGCAAUCGUUCACAAAACUGUCAACUGUUUAAACGAAGGAGCUGGAUUUCUUAUCUUGGCUCUACUAGUUACGUCGUUUGUGAUUGUAUGUCAGUAUGUCAAUUUAAUUUUGAUGGUACACGCGGAUAUGUUAUUCUUUGACAUGUUAUGGUAUUCCCUACACUCUGUCUCAUUUAUAGUACUUUCCAUCAUUGUAAUAAUGUCCUGUGACCAAGUGGAGAAAAAAUCUACGGAAUUCAUCCAAACGUGUAUAUACAUCCAAGCUACAACAGGCGAUGAACAAGCUGCCACUUUGGCCAAUUUGGCAAAUCAGCUAAGACCCAAGUUUUCUGCUGCAGGAUUCUUUGAUAUCAACCAGAGAUUGCUACCAGUAUUUUUCUCUAAUCUGUCGACUUACUUGAUCAUUAUCCUGCAAUUUAAGAUAUCCUCUUUGUAA